GGUUAAGUUAGCGUGUACAUACCUUACCUACGAGGGUUGCUGGGGGCCAGGCACGCUUUAGGUUUUCAGCCUUGGCCUUGGGUUUGUUGUUGGCGUGUCAGGGAAACGAAACAUCUCUCCUAGUCAACCUCACUUGCACUUGCACUUCCAUCCACCACCACCAAAAGCUGACCAAGUUUCUUCACCUUGCCCGAAUCGAUCAACGCAACUUUGACUAAUCGGAUCGCGUCUUGACCGCAAAUCCGCUACUUAACAUCUUAAUCGUCUGGCUUGCUUAACAGCAGCUGCAAUCAAUCAAUUAACCCCCGCGGCAUAUUGGAGCUGAAAUUGGCGAACGAGACGCUUGCUAUCCUCGUGUAACACAUUCUCCAAGCUCCGUACCCGGUAGAAACCUUCGCACUCCCGUGCAAUUCGCCGUUGGUCUCCAGCUAAAUCGCGACCCGAGUCUGCGCCGCUCCGUCCCGUCGAUUCUGAGACGCUUCCGGACGACAUCACUACCUACUGAGGUGUAUCGCCAUCGCCAUCGCUGUUGACCUGCGUCCUGCCGUCCUGCGCGUAUCCUUUGACCUUCCAACGCGUGUGCUACAGCUUUGUCUUGCGCGCGUCGGCUUUUGCUCUUGAUUUGUAUCUAUCAGCCGGCUUGGGCCUGUUACAGAACAGCUCGAAGCUCGCGCGACUGGUCUACCUCAGGUUGAUCUGUAUUUCCUAGACUGUACGUACCAAUGUCUUUGAUUGAAUCAAAUCCCCUUCCUGUCCUCCUCCCAUACUAUGCAUGCCCUUAAUUCUCUACCGAACGGACCUCGAAGUCAUGGUCCCCCGCCUUCAUCACUUCACUUGGCUUUUACACCGGAGGGGGCCCACCCCCUCCGGUGCCUGCUCCGCUCCGUGUCCUGUAUCUUGGUUACCUUACCCUUACCUCACCUCUCCUUGUCUCGACAAUAGACAUCCACAUCAAUCACUCCUUACCUCAGAAGCACACGCCCCCAGUCUUCCCCAAGUGGACAGCGUCAUAGCCCCAAGAUCCCGGGCCAGGGACCACAUGCAUUAGUGAAGAGGAACCCUCAUCGGUACGGUACUCUUUGAUUGACUUUGCACAGCACGCACCGCAGAACCAAGACCCCUCCUCCUCUCUCGCACACCCUGACGCUUGCAAGCCCUACCACCUGCGACGUGGCCAGGGGACACAUCAUCGCAAGGUCCAGCUGUGCGAGCCCGAAAUCCCCUUUGACAAAGGACGCUAGCAGCCGCUGCAGGUAGCCAAAUAUGUCGGAUUCCCCCCAAUCCGCUGCUCCCAAGGAGGUUGACCAUGGUGCACCGUCACCCGACGACGAAGCACAAAUGAACGAGCAACAAGACCCACAAGCCGCAAACUCAGCGGGCUACGAGUAUGAGGGUGUAAAGGAACAAGAUCGAUGGUUGCCAAUAGCCAAUGUUGCUCGUAUCAUGAAAAAUGCACUACCUGAGAACGCAAAGAUCGCGAAAGAGGCCAAGGAGUGUAUGCAAGAGUGUGUUAGUGAAUUUAUCUCUUUCAUCACAAGCGAGGCGUCGGAGAAAUGCCAGCAAGAGAAACGAAAGACCGUAAAUGGUGAAGACAUUCUUUUCGCCAUGACAUCUCUCGGUUUCGAGAACUACGCGGAAGCGCUGAAAGUUUACCUCAGCAAGUAUAGAGAGGUAAGUCCAAUACCCUACCAACAGGAGCCCUGGAUCUAUUGAGUGAAUGACUUGCAGAUAUGCUCCUUGCAAGCUUUGCCGCUCAUGGAGCCUAUACCGAGUAGCAAGAGAAGUGUUUGAGGAUGCCUCUGUCAUUCAGUUGCUAACGCGAAUCACCAACAGCAACAGAAUCAGUCGAACCGCGAUCGAGUGGGGAUCGAUAAUCAACAAUGGAUGAAUGAUGCCAAAACAGAGCCUAGUGCCGUGGGCGAAUUUGGACAGGACGGAAACGGCGUCGAGGCUGGGGGUGACCCCAACUACAUUUAUGCCUCGCAACCUGGCCACAAUGGCAACGCUGGCGAGGGCUACUAAAACGCUGCCUGAAGUGAGGAGCGGACGACGAAGCAUGGCCCCAACAACCCACUACCUGGUCCCAACAGCACUCGUCCAACGUCCUCUCGAAUGGUUCUUCUGACCAGCGGCAGCAUGUACCCCUUGAACAGCACAGGCUCAUCAUAUCGGUUGCGAGUAUUAGCUCAGUGAACGGUAUCGACAGCAAUCCAAUCAUCUCAAAUGCUGCACUGUAAUGCAAGUGUAUCUUUGUUCACAAGAAGCUUUCCUCCAGGAUAUGUACGUGAACUUGAGGAACGACGGCAGACUCACAGGUAUGAGGUGGCGUUGAGGACGAUAUUGUAGGGAAUGGGAGGGAACAUAUAUGGGAGACACUACUGGGUUUGUGUUCAGGGAUAGAGGUGCGAUUUGCGUCUGGUACUUACCUGCAAGCGUGGGAGCAGUCCCAAAAUGAUCAGUGUUGAUAAUCACGACAGUCAGAAAGGGUCUUUGAGAAGCAGACUUGACGGAUAUGCAUCGAGUCCAGAGGCAAGGAGUUUUGAGCCAGUAGUUUUUAGAUAAAUAACACCCACAAUCUGUUUGUUUCAGAAUUCGUCCAAGUGUUUGACGCUAUACCUCU